AUGUACGUCGUAGAAAGAGGAGAAGUUAAAGUAGAAGUGGAGCAUCACGAUGAUCCAGAACCUGGUGUUCCUCAAAAUGAUAAUCAAGACAUGAAGAUAUAUGGCAACGUAUUAACCGGGGAAACAGGCGAGCUUAUAUCAUAUGAUGAGGUUGAUAGACACAAGAUGAUUUACACCAUAGACAUCUCCAAUACGAAGAUCGGGAGUUAUGCAUCUGGUUGCGAUGAUAAAGAUGUUAAAGUGGAUAUACAUCACAUUUCCCCUUUCUGCGUUGUAUACAAGUAUUUUACAAAUGUAGAUCAUAUUUACAAGUUUGCGGACGGGAAAAGUACUCCAGUUGGUCUCCCACUCACAAAGAAUAUGGAAUUGAUUUCUGUUUGCUUUUACCCAGACGAAUUUGGAGUGCCCUUACUUGUGCAGAUGUCCGUGAGACGCAACAUUUGGUAUAUCAGAAAUGGUCAGAAUAGCCGUUGGGAAAGAGUAUUUGAUCCAAGAGAAAGGCCUUCUAAUAACCGUGAUGAUAUAAGGAUUAGAAAACUUUUGGAACGCGCAUUUACACCGGCCAACAUAUUAGAUGCUUCAGCUUUCGGAGAGUAUAGGCAUUUGGAAAUUCAUCCGGCAUUUGUGGUUGAAAUUUCUAGGGUCUUUACUUCAACCUACUACGCAUUUACGCAUAAAAAGAAAGAAGGAGGCCUUUUCAAGGUUACUGAACUUGUGUAUAAAGGGUCAGCAUUAAAAGGGAUCCCACCCUCUGAUGACCUAAAGAGUGUAUCUCUGUACUUUAUUGGAAGAACACCCCUAGAGAGUGCUCUGCUUUUAGUUGAAAUGAUAUCGCAUAAUGAUAAAUGCACUUACUUUCAUAGGAAGAAUGCUGCACAAACAUGGAGUCCCGCUUUUCCAGCAUCCUUAACCGAAAAACUGGGCGAGACUCGUAUCACAAACCAACUUGAUAGUUUAAAGGAGAAGCGCUUCAACGGAAUAGAGAAAUAUUUCACACACUACAUAGACGUCGAUCCUAGUGAAAUUAGAAGCGACUCAUUUAAGUCUCUGCUUAUUGGAAUAUUUACUGGUAUAGCAGUUGCGCUUAUUUUCUACGAACUCUCAGCUGUACUGUAUAGUCCAAGGACGAGUUUAAUCAGAGGCUUUGCUCGUCUUGUCUCAAGGUGCAUAGGACGCAUUUUCCCCUCAAUUGUUCGUUCACGCAAGGGCUACAAGAAAGUCUCAAUAGAAUAA